AAAAACCUCAAUGACAUUCGAACGGAUAUAUUGACACUGGAUUUCGAAAUCUCUUCGUUUCUAGUGUGGGUUUUAUUGUCUUUGCAUAUGAUUGUGUUGAAUUGAAUAAAAUUAUUGAUUGAUUAAAACUAAUUAUUGAAGAUGUCAGCUUCUAUUGUGCUUGAUCAAUCUGUGACUGUGAUUGUCUUCAGAUCAAAUCUGCCCUUGUUCUUGGAGGUGCAAGGCUGAUUCUAGAGCAUAGAGAAUGCCAGACCUAGCCAGGAAUCGAACCAGAGAUUUUGGAUUGCUUGUAAGGACGCGUCAUACUUUGAGUACAAUACAGAAAAAGGAACUGCAGUUAUGAAAAUGAUGUUAUUCGCCGUUCUGGCGCUCUAUCCUAUGAUGGUGUUCGGAAGAGUGCCUCACCCUCAUAGUAGGAAAGUUCUUCACGAAGAAUUGAACGAAAUCCCUCCCCCGGAGAAAUACGACGGUGACGUACUCUCGGAUAGCAGUAAAGACUUUCAGGUGCAGAUGAAAGAUUGGGUCAAAGUGUCACUAAAUACACCGAAGAUAUUGGCUGUCCAGGUUGGAGAUCGGAUAGAGAUCGAGUGUGAAGCUCUGGGUGGACCUAAACCUACUCUGGCCUGGAAUAAGGGACUUCAUCCCAGACCUAUCGCGUACGAGGAGACAAACAACGUGAACGGCAUGAGCCUUGGGCGCAUCAUUUCACGCCUCCGCUUCGACUGCAUCCAGCCUGAGGACGAGGGCAUGUACUCCUGUUCGGCCGCCUCGGGCACCGAGUUCGCCACCUCCCAUCACACCAUGAUAUUUGUGCACAACAAAAAUGGCAGCCACUCUCCGAGCGGCGGCAAAAACUGCAAGAGUUUGAUGGAGGGAGGAGCGCGCUCGCUACGGCCGCACAUCGACCAGUGGACUCCCAUCCUGAUGGAGGUGAUUGGCAACGACAUCACGCUGCAGUGCAUCAUUUCGGGCAACCCUGUACCCGACCUCUUCUGGCUAGACAAGGACGAGAAGCUAAUAGAGAACGGAGCCGACUCUAGGUUCAAGAUUUUGGAAGGCGGCGAUUUGCUCAUACGAAAACUGCGCUGGAGUGAUAUGGGCAGCUAUACAUGCAUCGCUCAGAAUUCAGCCGGACAGGCUAAAGAGACAUCGUUUGUCUACCCCAUGAGCGAAUGAAAAUGGAAUCAAGUCAUAACAUACUGAAGUCUAAAGGCAAGAAGACUUAAUAGGAAAAAUGAUAAUAUCUAGUCAAAUUAUUAUUUUUAAGUUGACCACUAAGUGAUGUUAAGGCAAGUAUUCCAAAAACUAAAAAUAUUUUCAUUGUAUUUUAAUGGAAAAUAAACAAUUUGAACUUAUAUUUUCUAAUUAUCUAUCACUAUGUGAUAAUAAUUAUUCAUUAAUGAAACUUUAAGCAGCUAAUCGCCAAUUCUAAACAAGUACAAAUGUGUAAUUUAACAUUGAACUGAUUAAGAACGUAAUGUUUAAUUAAUCUAUUGAUGUUAAAACUAUUUAAUUAAUGGAGAAGUUUAGAGGAUUAUAGGAGAUGAUGAUUAUACUGUAUCAGUAACUCUAGUUUUAGUUCUAUUUAUGUUCCACUUAUGGUUAAGCAAAUAAUUUAAGUCUUUUUUAUUUUUAUGUUCAAUUUAGAUAAUUUUUUCAUUGUGAUGUACUGCUAUUGUAAAAUUAUUUAUAGUGAACAAGUUAUGAAGUCUGACGCCAAUAAAUGUGAGAGAACAAAUUUGAA